GAACGAUCCGGUUACUCCUCGGAAUCGUCAAGUAGCGUUGAGUACGCCUAUGGGGAGGCGUGGUGUGGGAAGAGGGAAGGAGCGUGAUUCGGAGUAUGCUCAAGUUCGAAGAAGAAUUAUGAUGCCGUAUGUCCUCUCUGGUUACGUCCAAUUGGCACUGAAUAUCGCGGUAGGCGUGUUCUGGCUUUAUAUGCUGUAUUCUCUCGCUACUACUAUUUCGGCUGAUAUCAAUGAAAAAAUGAGUAUCUACUCUGAUGAAGUGAUGGAUCAGAUCAGUCAGUGUUCGAGAGACUAUCGCGAGAAUAGAUGUGAUCCAUCUACUAGGGUGCCGGCAGUAGAGCAGGCUUGUCGCACGUGGGAACAGUGUAUGGCGCGCGACCCGGUUUUAGUGGCUAAGAGGAGCAACUUCACUAUGGAGACGCUGGGGGAGAGUUUGAAUGGAUUCUUCGAGAAGUUGACGUGGAAAACCAUCGCCUGUCUGAUGCUGUUGUGCUUUGGGCUGGUGAUAUCAUAUAAUGCAGCAUUCUGGAUGACGAGUAAAAGUGGGGGGAAUUCUGGGGCCGGUAUGCCAAGGGAGUUAUUGCGGGAAUUACGACAAGCUAAGAGGGCAGUGUAUUCAUCUUCUGAGGAAGAUGAUGAUGACGAUGAGCCCGCCCUAUACCGGCAUCUACAUCGACGCAGUGCCAGCCGGGCUUCCCCAUCAACGUAAUAAUGUACUAUAUUUCUACUAAGUU